UAUUUGUUCUGGUGAUUUCAGCAUGGCUGAUAUUGAUGAGUUUGUUAGUUCACCUUCUCAUGAACUUUUGAACGGGUGUACUAAAGAGCAAUUAUUGAGUAUUGCUGAACAUUAUGAAAUUGUGAUAAAAGAUAAAAGGCUCAAAGAAAAUGUUAAGACAGCUUUGAAAAUUGAGUUAAUUAAACAAGGUAUCUUAGAUAUCGAGAUGGAGGAAAAAGAUGUACCGAUUGCACCUGACUUAAAAAGUAAUUUGUCUUUUGAACAGCAAAAAGAGCUGCUACUUCUACAGAUGGACCAUGAGAACAUAAAACUGCGUGCUGAACAAGGUAAAAGGGAAUUAGAAAAGGCAAAGUUGGAUUUGGAAUUUCUCAAGCUCAACCUAGUGAAAGAAGAGGGGCGUGUAUCCCUGGUUGGAGAGAAAGAGGAAAUCCCUGUUAAAAUCUUGCGGGAUACUGGCGCAAUGGAUUCAUUUAUUUUGGAAUCAGUAUUGCCUUUUUCCUCACAGUCUCAUACUGGUGAGAGUGUGUUAAUUCGUGGAAUAGGACUGAAUACUCUGUCUGUGCCUCUUCAUAAGGUAAGGCUUCAGUCUGAUUUGAUUCAAGGUGAGGUUGUAAUGGGAGUACGACCAGCUUUGCCAGUGGAGGGAGUCCAUAUAAUUCUGGGGAAUGGACUGGUAGGUGAAAGAGUGUGGGCUGAUACUUCAGUGUUUCCCAUAGUGAUCACUGAUAAGAAAGUUGAAUCUGAACUGAGUUCUUUGUGUCAGGAUUCAGCGUGUGUCGUCACUCGUGCAAUGAAAGGUGCCAAUAGGGAUGUAGUAUGUGGUCAAAAAGAGGUUAAAUCUGAUAAAGUCGGCAUGAAGUUGUUUAUGCCUGAUUUGUCUGCUUUGUCUUUUCCUGUUUCUGCAGAGGAAUUAGGGAAGGAACAGCGGAAUGACUCCUCUUUGGAUGAACUCUUCCGGAGUGCAGUGCCUCCAGUAGAGGAGUGUAACGUUUCCCGUGGAUAUUUUGUUCAAGAUGGAGUGUUGUUGAGAAAAUGGAGUCCUCACAAAAAUUUUGUGGGAGAUCCUGUCUUUCAGGUUGUUGUUCCUACUAAAUUUCAACAAAUGAUGAUCGAAAUUGCGCAUGAUCAAUCUGGUCACCAGGGGGUGCGUAAGACUUAUGAUCGCUUGUUGCGAUAUUUUUUUUGGCCGCGUUUAAAACGAGACAUCUCUGCUUAUAUUAAGACAUGUAAAACCUGCCAAUUAACGAGUAAACCAAACCAGGUGUUGAAACCAGCUCCACUGAAACCAAUUCAGGCUACUGGUGAACCUUUCGAACAUCUUAUUGUUGAUUGCGUAGGGCCACUUCCCCGUUCGAAGUCAGGUAGCAGUUAUUUAUUCACUGUGAUGUGUUUGAACACGCGCUUUCCUGCGGCAUAUCCACUACGUACCAUUACGUCCCGUUCUAUUGUGAAAGCUUUGACCCAGUUUAUAUCUGUUUUUGGGAUUCCAAAAAUCAUUCAAAGUGAUCAAGGUUCAAAUCUCACUUCGCAUCUCUUCCAGCAGGUGUUAAAACAGCUGCACAUUAAGCAUAAUCAAUCGACGGCGUAUCAUGCACAAAGUCAGGGUGCAUUGGAGAGAUUCCACCAGUCGUUAAAGUCACUUCUCCGUGCGUACUGUGUGCAACUGGAUAGAGAUUGGGAGGAGGGUUUGCCGUGGAUGAUGUUGGCUGCCCGUGAAGUAGUGCAGGAAAGUACGGGUUUCAGCCCUAAUGACUUGGUCUUUGGCCAUAAUGUUCGUGGAUUGUUGUCUGUCUUUCAGCAGGUUGGUGAAGCUGUAGAACCUCCUAAAAACUUGGCGUCAUAUGUUUUGGGGUUUAAAAAUCGACUCAUCCAGGCUAGAGAAUUAGCUAAAUUAAAUCUAGGAAAACAUCAGAAAGAUAUGAAGCAAUUGUAUGACCGUACGGUUGAACAUCGAGUGUUUGAACCAGGCGAUCAAGUUCUUGUCUUACGGCCGAUCGUAUCCUCUCCUUUUGAAGCUAAAUUUGAUGGCCCAUUUGUUGUACAACGAAAAUUGACUGAUGAAAAUUAUGACGUCUCGAUGCCAUCGCGUAAAAAGUCAGUUAAACGGUGCCAUGUAAAUCUAUUAAAACCCUAUUAUGAAAAAGAAACCAAACCUGUAGCAAAUGUGAUUUCUUUACAUUCAGCACUUCCCACCGUUUCUAUCGGGGGGGUAAUGUUGAGAGUUUGGUGGGUGAGGAAGAGGAGACUCUCUCACCCGAUGAUUGUGUCUUUCGUGGCCGUUUGAAUAAUUCCGAGUCAUUGCACAAUUUGGAGUUUAGUCUCUGUCAUUUAUCGCCUGGAAAAUGUCAGGAAUUAUGUAGAAUAUUGCGUAGUUUUCCUGAAUUGUUUGGAGAUGUGCCAUCGCGUACCGAUUGGGUAGAACAUGAUAUCGAUGUUGGGGACGCAAAGCCUAUUAAACAGCGUUUUUAUCGUGUUGCGCCUGAGAAACGAGAACUGAUAGAGAGGGAAAUUAAGUAUAUGCAGGAUCACGAUAUUGCAGUACCUUCUUUUUCUGAUUGGGCUUCUCCGUGUAUCUUAGUUGGAAAGUCAGACGGUACUGUAAGAUUUUGUACGGAUUUCCGUAAAGUUAACGCCUUAACAAAGCCGGACUGUUUUCCUUUGCCCCGAGUCGAGGAUUGUGUGGACCAAGUUGGUUCAGCCAAGUUCGUCAGCAAGUUUGACUUGCUGAAGGGCUAUUGGCAAGUGCCUUUAACCAAGAGAGCACAAGAAAUUUCAUCUUUUGUCACCCCGUCAGGAUUACAUUCUUACCGGGUCAUGAGUUUUGGUCUACGAAAUGCUCCGGCGACUUUUCAACGCCUCAUGAAUCGUGUAAUCUGUGGUCUUGAGGGUUGUGCCGUCUAUUUGGACGACUUAGUCGUUUUUAGUGACAGUUGGGAGUCUCAUUUAACACGGUUGCGUUCGGUGUUGAGACGUUUGUCUGAUGCUCG